AUGGCCAACAAAUAUUGCUUUGAGGCAGUAGAUCGAUCACUUCGUGAUAUUAUGAAAGGAAUCAAAGAAGACUACGGUUUGAAACCAUUUGGUGGAAUAACUACUGUAUUGGGUGGUGACUUUCGUCAGAUUUUACCUGUAGUUCGAAAAGGUGAUAGGCAUGAUAUGAUCCAAGCUUGCAUAAAAAAUUCAUAUAUUUGGAAUUCAUGUGAGGUUCAUUUGCUACGUCAAAAUAUGCGUCUACAAUCAAAUUGGUUGGACUCAAUCUCAAAAGAUGCAAUGCAAAACUUCGCAGAUUGGAUACUUGACGCAGGUGAUGGAAAACAAUGCUCAGAUAUCGGAGAAUCAUGGAUAUCAAUAGAACAAAACUUGAUGCUCCCAAAAUCACAUGAUGAUUUUCAAUCUAUAGUUGAUGCUAUUUAUCCAAAUUUAAAUAGCCACAUUGGGGACACAGAUUACCUUGUGUCGCGGGCUAUCUUGACACCUACAAAUGAAAUAGUUGACGAUAUAAAUCAACGCAUUUUGAAUAAUUUCACAGGCGAAGAAAUGAUAUAUUUAUCAUCAGACUCAAUUUGUAAGGCAGAUUUCAAUAUUCAAGAUCAAGAUCUUCUUUACCCUACUGAGUUUUUGAAUACACUCAAAUUUUCGGGUUUGCCAUCACAUAUUUUAAGGCUUAAAAAAGGAGCAGUAGUUAUGUUAAUGAGAAAUUUGAAUCAAGGAGCUGGGCUAUGUAAUGGUACAAGAAUGAAAAUUACACAACUUGGAAAAUGGUUUGUGGAAGGAGAGGUGUUGAGUGGAUCUAUCAUUGGAGAUAAAGUUCUCAUUCCAAGAAUAUCUUUGUCGCCUUCAGAAUCCAAUUGGCCUUUUAUUCUUAAUCGAAGACAGUAUCCUAUAUCAUUAUGUUUUGCCAUGACAAUAAAUAAAAGUCAAGGACAAUCGUUGCAGCACGUUGGAUUAUAUUUGCCUAAACAAGUAUUUACUCAUGGACAAUUGUAUGUCGCCAUCUCGAGAGUAACCAAUCGAAAUGCAUUACAUAUUCUUAGUAACGACGAUGAGAAGCCCAGUGAAAACAAGGUCUUAAAUAUUGUGUACACAGAGAUUCUUUAG